AUGACUGUUGGCAAGUAUGAAGUUGACAAUAGAUGGAUAGUUCCAUAUAAUCCAUAUUUACUAAUGAAAUACAAUGCUCAUGUUAAUGUCGAAAUUUGUGCAACUGUGAAAAGUAUUAAAUAUUUAUUUAAAUACAUUUACAAGGGACAUGAUUGUGCUAACAUUAAAUUACAACGGCCAGUUCAAGAAGGUGCUGCUGUCGCUCAAGCAACAUUGGAAUGGGAUGAAAUUAAAGCACAUCUCGAUGCAAGAUAUGUAAGUGCACCUGAAGCUGCAAGGGGACUUUUUGAAUUUCCAUUACAUGACAAGUCUCAUGCCAUUAUUCGAUUAGCCGUCCAUCUUCCAGAUCAGUAG